GCCGCAUCUCAAUCAGUACCACUGUCAGCGUGCCACAGUUCGGUUCAUGUGAACGACACACACACGCGAAACAUGCUGCUCUAUGUUCUUGUUUAUGUGGCUUUGUGCGGUGGUUGUUUCGGUUACAAACCGACAUGGUACCCGUCUUACGGACAAACUUACCAUCACCCCCAUCACAGCUAUUAUCACCAUUCGCAGGAUUACGACUAUGAUGAGCAUCAUCGCAGGCCGCAGGUUCAUCAAGUCAUUCCUAGCGAUGUUAUGGUAGAUGUUAUUAAUGAUUUGGGCUUAAAAUUAUUAGCAAUUCACAACGAAAACAACGAAGAUAAUAACAUAGCAUUGUCUCCGUAUGGAGCUCUUGGAAUGUUGAUAGUUUUAGGAGAAGGUCUACAAGGAGAAGCCCUUCAUGAGAUCCAACAUGCCGCUCAUUUACCCACUGAUCUAUCAGUUGUUAGGGUUGGACUUAGAGAUAUUCAUCGACACCUUAAGAGUUACUUUAUACCAAAGGAAGGUUUUCUGGCAGGAUUGACAUUAAACCACGACAAUGUGACUCUUAAUUCAAACUACGAGGAUAUUUUAAAAUUCUACGGUUUUGACAUCGGUUCAUUUAACAACGCCUUAUACCCAGACCCUUUAACGACGGAAAAGCCAGAUUCCACAACUCUAAUGAUGGCUAAAGAAGAUGAAAUGUCUACGGAUAUGAGUACCACCACAGAAUCCAUUACAACGGAAUCUAUCGCAAAUUCAAGCCCCAUAAUGACCACUGAAGCUAUGCCUGAAACUACUACUAUUAGUCAAAAACAAACAACGAGAGAACCAAUCGUGGCUGAAAUGGAACCAACUACAACACCUACCACAGAGCUACCAACAUCCACAACCAUGCAAGAAUCGACAAAAGUCAGUGAAACAACUACAGAAAUAUCCCCAUUAACAACUACUACAUUGCCACAGUCAACUACAAUGGAACAAACUACUGCAACCAUGCCAACAGAUAGUACAACUACAGUUGGGGAAAUUACUUCAAAUGUGCCAACUACUUCUGAAGUACCCUCCACUACUUUGACUCCGGAUUCAGUCCCAACAAGCACAACAGAGAUUCCUACAAGUACGUUAGCAGAGUCCACAACUGUUGAAGUUGUAACGGAUGCUACGGAGUUAACGACAACAAAUGAAUCUCCUACAACUGAAGAUGUGGCAUCUGGUCUAAUUAAAGAAAACUUGGUUUUAUUGACAACUCAAAAUCCGGAAAUAGCAACGAGUGAACCACUUGUUACAACUCCAGACUAUUUCGAUAUAACUACUGAAAACUUCUUUACUACGCCACAACCAGUAUUCACAGAUGAAAUCCCAAAUUACCCCAAUUAUUAUGAGAAUUAUGUUGAUUCGAAUACGACCGAUAGAACCCAAAGGAAGGCUAGAUCAGUGGUGGAUUAUCUUAUUGCCAAAUACCACGACAACUCUUACGAUACUCCUUUAUACGACUACCACCACCAACACCGCAGACCUACUUAUAUUCCCGAUGAACCUUUAACCUUUUUAGCGCACGGUAAAUACAGGGAGUCCAAAAUUAAUUUUAUGGUCUACGAUACAGUUCUGCCGUUCUUAUAUGUGCCACAUUUGAAUGCUUUGGCUUUGAGUUUUCCUUUGGAUAAUACCAAGUAUUACUUGCUUCUGUUGUUGCCGUUGGAUCCUCAAGGGAUUGACGAUUUGAUUUGCGAUUUGCGGUUGAAUGGUAGCUUGAAAAAUAUUAUUAAGAAUCUGAAGCUGACCCAUGUUAAGGCUACAAUUCCGAGUUUCACGUUGAAGGGAUUUGUGGUGUUGACUCCAACAUUGCAAAAAUUGGGAAUUAGGAAAGUGUUUGAACCUAGACAUGCAGACUUUUCGCCGAUGACCAACGAGAAGGAAAUUUAUGUAACCAACAUUGAACAAGCUGUAACUGUAACGAUUAGGAAUUAUGUGGAUAUCGGAAAUUUGCCCAACUACCGUAACUUGUAUCAAUUCAAGCCGGUGCAUUUUAAGGCUGAUCAUCCCUUCUUAUAUUUCGUAAUCGACGCUGAUUUGCACGUUGCCUUAAUGGCUGGAAAAAUUGUAAACCCCCUAAAUUCUAGGAUACGAUGAUUGUGAUUUAGUUAAUAUUUAUUAUACUAUUUCUGUAAAUAAAUUUCUUUUUU